GUUUAAACUUGAUGUAUCUUAUCUUUUACAAAAAUAACAAAGUAUAAAAUAUGAAUGUAAACAGUUUAAAGGACAAGGGACUGUACUCUUGCAAGAAGGAAAUAGAAAUCCGUUUUCGUGAUCAUUUUGUGCUGGAGUGUUUUCAUCAGUAAUAAAGUACCAGACCAAAACGAUAUAAGGAAGCAAAUGGAUCUGCGACGCAUGAAGGAUGAAGACAAGUUGAGCUUGUGCCGAAAGUAUUAUAUUGGUGGAUUCGCCCUGCUUCCAUUUCUAUGGUUUGUGAACUCAUUGUGGUUUUUUAAAGAGGCAUUCCGAAGACCACCCUAUGAGCAGCAAAAAAUGAUUCGAACCUAUGUGAUCCGUUCUAUGAUUGGAACAGUAGUGUGGAUAGGAGCAUUUGCGGCUUGGAUUACAGUUUUCCAGUUAAAUCGAGCAAGCUGGGGGGCAACUGCUGACUACAUGUCUUUCAUCAUUCCCUAUGGCAUUCCGUAGAUGAGAUAUUUGCAUGUGAUGGGUUGUUUUAUAUGUUUGUGGGUGUGCACGAGAGAGAGAGAGGAAGAGAGGCAGGCAGGUGUCUGCGAAUAUCGGUAUAUAUUUAUAAUUUGUAACAUGUAUAAAAUUUCCUUUCUCAUUGUUAAAACUUGUACAGUUUGCGUAUCUUUUGCUGGUAGUGGAGUCCUAAUGGUAGUGUAAUGCCAAGGAUUUAAAAAAGUUUAGAAAUUGCACUUUUUCUUGCUAAGAUAAGCAUCUGAGACUGUUUCAACAAGCACGUAAUGUCAUGCUGUAAAAUUUGCUAAAAUGGUAGCUUACACACUUCUAUAAAUGUGACAUUCCUCAACUGAUUUCAAAAGUCUUCUUUUUAAUUUUCUUUUUACCACCUGUGAAAACAGGUUAUUUCCUAAUUUUACAUGAAUGUAUACUUAUGCAUAGAUUGUAACACAGAUGCAAAUGCAUAUGAACACAUAGCCAUUCACUCGCACAUAUGAACAUCACAUCACAAAUGUGGAAAAACAUGGCAAAUUUAAAGGCAUAUUUAUUUAUUUAGUGUUGCAUGUUGACAAAAUAAAAAAAAAUGUAAAAGCA